AGCGAAAGUAGCGAUCGGCGCGAUUAUUUUCCUAAAUACGUAGUUCGGAAACGGUUGGAAAUGGAAUUAGCAAUGCCAUCGAAGCGAGAUGCGCGCGAUGGGCCGUAAUGAUACGAUCGGAGGCACGAGGGUGAUACCACGCGUAAGAAAUAAUGGAUUUCGGCGUCGCGACUUGUCGCGGUUUGUCGCGUCGCGGCGCGUGCGUCCUCCAAGCCCGCUUCGCACCCCCCGAUCCGUACCCUCUCGACCGCUUACCCUCUCUAUAUAUAUUUCGAACAACCACGAGGUGGACCGGUACAAGGCACGCGAUUUGAGUCGUAGAUACACCUCGUACGCUCAAACGCUCGCUUUAUUUCACGUUUUUGGUAAAAGCUGCACGACUCGCUGCCCCGAUCAAUGAUGCCGUGCCAGGGUGCUUUCGCUCUCUCGAUCCUGACUCUCUCGAUCACGGCAACCGUUUGGAUACCCACCGUUCAGGCUGAAAUUAACCCUCUGCGCAGAGAGUUUUACGGACCCGUUAACCCGGAAUUGUUCGCCGCGUUUCUCGACGACCAUGAUGCGAGAGCCCGGGCAAAUCUGCGCGACUUCUCUUCCGGGUCGAGCACGAACGAGCUCGUGGACGAGCCAUCUCCAGUCAGCGACUCGCUCGGGUAUCGCUCGCCCGAGCUCGAACGUUUCGAGAAGCGGAACAUAGACGAGAUCGACCGGACGGCUUUCGACAAUUUCUUCAAGCGAAACUUGGACGAGAUAGAUCGCGUCGGUUGGAGCGGAUUCGUGAAACGAUUGGCCAAUUACUUGGGUCACAGAACGAGCGAACGUGGCCCGGCUAUGAGACGAUUCGGCUGAAAGGAUUUUUAUCUCCCGUGUUAUUAUUUCCUUUUUUUUUCGAAAAUAUUGAUCGAACCUCCUCUCUCUCUCUCUCCCCUCACGGAUAAUAAUAAUAAUAAUAAUAAUAAUAAUCGUCAAGAUCGAUCAGGAUGACGCUUGCUUGGAAAAACGGACGAAUUUAUUUUUUUGGCUGCGAUUCGCCGAGGAGGCGAACCUCUGGCGUCGUGACUAUCCGAGCUCGGCCCUCCGCCGUCGUUUUUCUCCCAAUAUUUUCACGGGGCCCGCACGCGGAAAACUUGGACACAGGGUUGCGGGCAACCUCGCGCCUAUCCACCUCCGAAACCAGCGAAUCCUCCCGAUUCUCGAUGCUCCUCCUCUCGGCGGCGGCGACGAUCCUCUCGAUCUCCGUGCCCACGUCCGUCGGUGUCUCGAUCCUCACGCUCUCCCGAUUCCGAUCCAUUCGCACCAUCUGAUGUUCGCGUCGCAUCGAUGAUAUCGACCUGAGAGAAAGAUAUCGAUCCGGUCACGUACCUCGAUCACGUUCUCCUCGAGACUCGCGAAUCGUCGCAACACCGUCUCCAAUUUUGAACUCUGGGUCGUCAACCGGUCGGUGACUCGAAGCUCCUUCCCGAUAUCCUCCUUGAUCUGGGGG